AGAGAGAUGGAAUCAUACCGAACUGUUUGUACAAGUAAACACAAGAACUAAAAUUAGAAAAUGAUUUUAAGGAAAAAAUUAAACAUCUCACAAGAAGAAUAUGCAAUUAAUCCGACAGCCCAAUCUGCUGCCCCUAUACAUCAACUGACUUGCACACGGCACAAAUUUCCCCCGCAUGCAGAAUUCCGCUGUCAUCUCUUGUGAUUGGUCCAUUUUAGUCACAUGCCGUGAUGACGUACUCACCGUUCUUCCCGACUCCGCACACUACCUACGCCGCCGCUUUUUCCUUGAACGAUUUUGGAAUAUAAUUAAGCUCAAUAUCUGGUCAUCCAGGUCCGUUUGCUCCACGUUCACCAAAGUUCAAAACAAACACUGGGAUGGACCUUUCCGACCUGUCAAUCACUCGUACAAUAAUAGCCAAUCAGAUAGCCGCAUUGUCUUAACCACGCCCCUGCCGCCAUGUUGCCCCACAAGCAAUGCCGCUUGUCAGUAGCGUGUGCUUGGAAAAGUUAAUGUUAUGUAGAAAAUGGUCCUCGGAUGCGCUUGGGGAACGUGCAAUUCUGAUGAAAGAUAUCCGGCUAGGUUACGAGGGGCCCGGUUGAUACAUUUUCCAAAGCCUAAAACGCAGAUGACGAAAUGUCUACGAUGGAUUAAGGCUCGCGGAAGACCCCACGUACAACUAAAUGUGGACAAGAUCAACAAACACGAGGUUGUAUGUUCGAAGAAACCUUGUUCUGUCCGACUGAUGGAUUCUCAAUAAAGUUCCGACCAAAAAUUCAAAACUGACACAGAUCCUCCAUUCUGCUUGACCUAACAGCUGAUAGCACAACAACAAGAACAAAAAGAUGGGAAACAGGACAAACGUGGAGGUGGAUGGACGUUACAUGAGGCGAUGAAUGGCUGGAUGAAUAAUGGAUGAAUGGAUUAACAGACGGAUGAGCGAACAGGUCGGUCUGCGGGUGAAUUGAUGGAUGGGUUGUGGCGUGGUUGGUGGAGUAGAUUUGCGGAUGAAUGGGUGGAUUAUGGCGGUGGGAGCGUUGGCCUCACACCUCUGAGGACCGGGGUUCAAAUCCCGGCCCCUGCCUGUGUGGAGUUUGCAUGUUCUCCCCCGUGCCUGCGUGGGGUUUUCUGAUGGAUUGAUAAAUGCGGUCAUUGGAUGCUAAACAGAUAAAUGAAUGAUUGGUUGAAUGGAUUAUAAAUUGAUAUCGGUAGCGACAAUGCUAAAGGCAGCCAAGAUACAAAAUGACAAAUACUAGCAACAAAUGUCCACCAUACGUAUUACCGUAUAUGCAUUACACAAGCAAGUUUUCCAAUUUUAUGACUUUUGUCACUGAGUUGAGCAUUCGAUGUUAUCAGCUCCUUUACUUCGCCGUUGCAUAAUACGCCAGUGAGACAUUUACCAAUACGUACCGAGCAAAAUGUCCAAUAACAGCGUACUAAAGAGCAAAGUGCACGAAUAGAACAAAGUACUGUGCGUAUGAAAGCGAGCCGAGGAUAUUUCCUCGAAAUCGAGGCGACCCGAUGGAGCUGGAGGUGGAAGGCGGCAGCUUCCUGGUGAAGGGCAAAGAUGACGACGAGCAGCCGCCGGAGGACGCGGGGGCCCGGCAGCGGACCGCCGACUCGGCCGCCGGCCUGAUCUACAGGCUCAACGACCGGCCGCCCUGGUACCUCUGCAUUCUGCUCGGAUUCCAGCAUUACGUCCUGGCGUUUGGUGGCAUCAUCGCCAUCCCGCUCAUCCUGGCUGAGCCGCUCUGCAUCGGUAACGACAACGCGGCCAAAAGCCAGCUCAUCUGCACCAGCUUCUUCGUGUCGGGCCUCAGCACGCUGCUUCAGACGACUAUCGGCAUCAGGCUGCCAAUCCUCCAGGGCGGCACCUUCAGCUUCAUCACUCCCGCUCUCGCCAUCCUGGCGCUACCCAAGUGGCAGUGUCCGGCCCCACACGGGCCUACUGUGUUGUCUGGGCAUAACGGCACCAGCCCAAUCCAGGUGACGGAAAGCAGGGACGAGGUGUGGAUGUCCAGAAUGCGCGAGAUCCAAGGAGCCAUCUUGGUGUCGUCGCUGGUCCAGAUCAUGCUGGGCUUGACUGGCCUGGUGGGCUUCGUGCUCCGAUACAUCGGACCACUGGCCAUCGCGCCUACAAUCAACCUCAUCGGCCUCUCGCUGUUCAUCGAGGCCGGCAAGAAGUCAGGCCAUCACUGGGGGAUCGCUGCUCUCACCGUGUGCCUCAUCCUGCUGUUCUCGCAGUACCUGAGCAGAGUGGACGUGCCGCUGAUUGCCUACAAGGACAAGAAGUGGACGGUGUUCCGCUACCCUCUCUUCAGGCUCUUCUCGGCCUUGUUCGGAAUGUGCGGCGGCUGGCUGGUCUGCUUCCUUCUGACCGUUUUUGACGUGCUGCCAUCCCAGUCGGAAAAGUACGGCUUCUCGGCGAGGACCGACAUUAACCUGGACGCCGUCGCCACCUCGCCCUGGUUCCAUAUUCCCUACCCAGGUCAGUGGGGCCUGCCCACCGUCAGCAUGUCCUCGGUGUUGGGCAUGAUGGCGGGAGUGUUGGCGUCCACCAUGGAGUCCAUCGGCGACUACUACGCCUGCGCCCGUCUUUCGGGCGCGCCGCCGCCGCCGACUCACGCCAUCAACCGCGGCAUCGCCGUGGAGGGCAUCGGCUGCAUCCUGGCUGGCCUGUGGGGCACGGGCAACGGGACCACCUCCUAUAGUCAGAACAUCGCCGCGCUGGGCAUCACCAAGGUUGGUAGCAGACUGGUGCUGCAGAUGACUGGAGUACUUUUGAUCGUUUUGGGAAUCUUCGGCAAGUUCGGCGCCAUCUUUAUCACCAUUCCGGAUCCAGUUAUCGGAGGGAUGUUUCUGGUUAUGUUUGGGAUGAUCGCCGCCGUGGGCAUCUCAAACCUGCAGUAUGUGGACCUCAACUCGUCCCGCAACCUGCUCAUCCUCGGCUUCUCCACGUUCAGCGGUCUCGUGUUGCCGACGUGGUUCCACUCCAACCCGGGCAUCAUCGACACAGGAGUCAAAGAGCUGGACCAGAUCAUUGUGGUGCUCUUCACUACACACAUGUUCAUCGGCGGCUUCUUCGGUUUCAUCCUUGACAACACCAUCCCAGGCAGCGCCGAGGAGCGAGGACUUCACAAGUGGCAGCACACGGCAAAAGAGGGAGGCCAGGCCGCGUCCGACGAGUCUUGCUACGACAUUCCCUUCUGUGCCGUCCUCUGGCGGCGCUUCCGGGUCUUCCGCUACCUGCCCUUCCUGCCGUCGUACAAGAACGGCCGGCGGGGGAAGCCGCCCGCCCCGGUGUGACAAUCCCCCCCCCCCCCCCCCCCGUUCGCCGCAUUCGACACGAAACACAAACGCAACAGUUUACAGACUAUGCAACAAAAUGGAUGGUACUACAUUGCAGCAAUAGAGGGGAAAAAAGAUGGCGAAAUUACGAGUACUUGCUAAUGGGGGCUUUUUAUUCUUUAUUCUUUUUUUUUUUUUUUAACUUAACUGGAAACAAAGGAGGCAUCUGUCAGUUGGUGUUCUUUAAAAUGUUCUGCUUUUAACGUCCGGGAAGAUGGACGUGUCCGCUAUUAGAAGGAGCUCGCUCGCUAUUUGAGGAAAAUAUGGUGAAUAGAGAGGAUUUUUGGUGUUGUUUUAGCAGUUUUGUUUCAAAAACAUUAACAUUUUUAUUCUAAGUAAAAAAAUCCUCAGAAUGUUGUAUUUUUACAAAAUGAAAAAAUAAAGUGCUUCAUACAGUUAAUUGUGCUAAAUAUCAUCCAAAAGUGGGACUCAGGAGUCAAAAUCAAUAUUUUUGACAGUUUUAAUUAUCAAAAUGAAUUUUUCUACACUAAUGUUGGGAGUAAUUGCCUUAUAA